GGGACAACGACUUAAUCAACCAAUUAAAAUGUCCAAAAAAGUCGUAGUAUCAGAUGUGCAUAAUCUUAGCGAAACUAGUGAUGAUGACAAUAUUCCACCGGCACAACCCAAAAAGAAGAGAUGUCCCAAAACGGAAGAAACCAGCCAGGAACCUUCCAAUAGUGAAAUUCUUCAAUUGUUAUUAUUACAGAAUCAAACAUUAUUGAAACUAGUGGAGAAAGGAAGUGGUUCGACUGCAAAAAGGAAUGACAAUACUCCUCCUCCUAAGCGCCCUCGCCGUAAAGUAGAUUUACCUGAGAAUGCAAAUGAAGAAUUAUUUACAACUUAUAAUGAAGAUAGUAGUGACUAUGAAGAAUUUAACCCGCUUACCUUUAACAAACCUAUUCCUACUUAUAUAUCUAACAAUUUUAAUGCUGUGCCCUCCAUUCAUAGAGAUGGGAAAAUACAAUUAAAUGACUCCCUAAUUGCAUUAACAUUAAGUGAAGGAGACAAGAACUCUCAUGAUCAAUUCUUUGUUUGUAAUCAUAAUAAAGAACUUGCAGACCUUUUCAAAUUGAUAAAUUUGCCAAAGUUGAACUUUUGGCCAAGUGGCAGGUUGUUUAAUGAAGAUUUCAAGAAGAAAUUUCACUUUGAUAUUGAAAACAUUAAAAUGGCUAUAUCUUCUUUUCAAGGGCAUGCAGCUCUGGCGCAAUUAGCUUACCCCUCUAAGAUUAACAAUAUUGAUUUUAUUACUAAAGUGAUAAUUGGGCCUUUCAGGAAACACAUUGAUCUAAUUAAAAGUUUAAUCCGCUCAUUCAGAAGUAGAUCUUUACCCAGGAACCUCAAUUUAGAUACCAGAGAUGCUAUUAUUAAAGCUGAAACUAAUGAUAUAUGGGUCUUAUCAGAUGAUCAAAGAAAGCUAUUGCUUCAUGCUUUCGAGGCGGUCCCCUUCCUAGAGGAGGGGACAUUUCUCUAG